GGUGGAUGUCGCUGAAUGUAUCGUUUCUCGUUGGCGUUGUCGUGUUGAUUGAGUACGGUCAAGGAGUGCAAUCUUCGUUUGACGCCCACUCAAGCACCGAGUACGGUGUCGAUGGCAAGAGUACUGUUUACGCUGGCUACACAAGUCCGUUCAUGGCGUCCUUUGUCCUUGACCUGCGUGGGGUCAUUUGGUUGUGCUGUCGGGUUUGUUCUGGUACGUGGUAUUUGUGUUGGUACUAGCUGCCACAUUCAGCGUUGACACGACGCGUGUGACCAAGAUGGCGGUGUGGUCCACCCUGCCCAACGUAAGCCAUCACGUGGUGCACGCAUUGGUCGUCCAAGCGAUCGCAAGCGUUCCUUAUAGCAUUCUGGACAACGAGUAGCUCGUCGUCUGCCCUCCUUCGAAGUCCGUAUUACGUCUUGCGGAUCCCCCUCCCCGACCGUAUUCGAUGUGUCCUUGUCAGUUGGGUGGUUAUGUGUGUGUUACGUUGUGUCCAAGCAUGCCCUGUCCAUCCGUUUCCCAUGGAUGCUUGUGGUUGGCCCUGCCCUUGUUGAUUGACUAGUUUAUCGAGUAUUUCACGGGCACAUGGGGGUUAUUUGUCUGCUUUAGCGCGCACGCCCUGGACGAUAUCAGCGCGAAAUCGAUCAAACCGUCUCGGGCGUCGCAUUUCGCUAGUUUAUUUAUGCCGCCUUGACCUUGGUGGGGUGUUAACUCGGCCAAAGCUGGCGUUGUGGUUUCUUGCCAAGCACAACAAAGUUGGGGCCCCCUUCGAGCCCAACUCGACAGUGUUGUUUCCAUUUGAAGGUUCACGGACUGAAUGGCGACGUUGAGAAGAUCAUGCUGCCGUCUGGCCCCUCCGGCAAGGCCUUUGCAUCGCCAGAGUGCGUGUGGAACUUGGGGUUUGUGCUUGUGGACGGCGUGUUCCUCUUUCACUUUACUCACGUACCCAAGCUCGCAGUGAAUCUCGCCGUUCAAACCGAAUACUCUUACACGUACCGGUACGAAUACGCCAUGACAAGGCCAAACGAAGUCAAUUCACAUCUGAUGCACUACCUCCGCGAAGACAUCAAGUCCAUAGGUGCCCUUAAUCGACUGUCCCUCGUCGCUGUGCGUCAGCUGUCAUCCACAGAAGGCACGCAGCAACGCGUGAAGAUGUAUGAGGCCGUGACCAGGAAGCUCAUGCGUGAUACGAGCGUCGUCUAACAAGACCACCAAGGUCAAGCCAUACAGUAAAUUUAAUAAAGUGGGGUAGGACAUCACCGAAAAUGCCA